AUGGACAUCUGGAGUAAAGGAUCCAUACAACCUGUGAGCGAACAACAGAAGAGAAUAGUUUUACUGGGAUCUCACACAGAUGUGAAAGUGUCCUGUGGUAACAUCAUCCUGGGCCAGGAGGUCUUCUCAAAGUCAAAAACAUCUCUUCAGCUAUUUGAGAGACAUGCUGGUGUAGUGUUUAACAGACGUCUGAUGAUCAUCAACACUCCUGACCUACAUGAUCUUGCUCUCUUUUCUGAGGAGAAAGACAUUAGGAGAUGUUUUCACUUGGUUUAUCCUGGACCUCAUGCUCUGCUGCUGGUCCUCAAGUCUGGCACAUUUACAGAUCAGGAGAGAGACGCCCUCAACCUCAUAAACUUCAUUUUUGGUGCAGGUGCAUCAGAUUUUGUGAUCGUGGUCUUUAUGCAUGAAGAGCCGACGGAGUACGUGAGCGUUACAGACUCGACAGACCCUGAUGAAACGGCAGCAGACUCUCUCUUACAGAUCUGUAAAUGGCCACAGCAUCAUCUAAAGAUGACAGGAGACAAAUCUCAGGUGCAGAAACUUCUGGAGAGCAUUGAGAAGAUGGUGAAGGAAAAUGAUGCCCAUUACUUUACCAUUCCUGAAGAAGCAGAAUCAAAACCUAUGGGGAUAAAAGAGGCAAUUUACCAAACAACAAACAACCUCUCGCAGGCCACUUCUGGCACAGAGAAGAGCUCAGAUGGUGUCAGGAUUGUGUUGAUUGGGAAAACUGGAGUAGGGAAAAGUGCAACGGGAAACACAAUCCUGGGACGAGACGUGUUUCAGUCACGAGCCAGAAUGACUUCUGUGACAAAGAGAUGUCAAAGAGAGAGAGGAGAGGUCUGUGGUCGAGCUGUGACUGUGGUGGAUACACCAGGACUGUUUGAUACAACAUUCAGUAAUGAUGAGAUCCAACAAGAGAUCAUGAGAUGUAUCGAUCUCUCUGCUCCAGGACCUCACGUCUUUCUGCUGGUCAUCGCUGUCGGCCCGUUCACACAAGAAGAAAGAGAAACUCUUCAACUCAUCCAGAUGACCUUUGGACAGAAAGCUGAGAGCUACACCAUAGUGUUGUUCACACGAGGAGACAACCUUGAAGAUGAAAGCAUUGAAGACUAUGUUCAAGAAGGUGAUCCACAUGUCCAGAAACUGAUCAGUGACUGUGGAGGAAGAUUUCACAUGAUAAAUAAUAAAGAUAAAGACCCUGAUCAGGUCGUGAGUUUAUUAAAGAAAAUUGAUAAGAUGUUGUGGAGUAAUGAUGCCAGUUUCUAUGACAACGUAAUGUUUCAGGAGGCCGAGAGAGCUUUCAGACUAACUCAGCUGAACAAAGAGAGAGAGGCAGAGAUCAGACAACAGAUGGAGGCCAUUACAGCCAAAUAUGAGGCUGAAAUUAAAGAAAUUAAAGAGAAACUAGAGGAAGAAAAAGCAAAAAGGAAAGUUAGAGAACUUCUGCUGAUGGGGAAAGAGAACAUGCUCUGGAGGAGUCAUCUGACAGGACCAAAAAAAGAUGAUGAUGGAAAACAAACACAAGAACACGAUCAACUUGAAUCCAAAUCCUCAUCUGAGAUAAAGAGAGAUAUAGAUGAAGAAAAUAUGAGAAAACUAAAACUAGAGCUGUCAGGAAAAACUGAUCCGGAUAAAGAAACAGAAACAGCACAAAAAGCAACAGCAGGAGAACCUGAACAAACCAAGAAGAAACACAAAAAAUGGAGAGGUGUUGGAUCAUUUAAAAAAGAUAAAAGAAAGCAAAAGGAAAAGAAUGAAAAGAGAAUGAAACAAUAUGAAGCAAAAGAGGUGGCAAGUGGAGAAAAAGAAGAAAUAAAAGCUACAGAUACAUAUCAGAAGAUCAGUAAAGAUUCAGAGUCUUUUAGAAGAGACAGACCACUGAUGAAAACAGAAGAUCAAACUGACAUGAAGAAAGAAAAAGAAAACACAGAUGUGGGUCCAAUAUCUGACGAGGAGAGAGGAAGACAUAAAAACAAACUUCUCCAUGAGCAGUAUGAAGAAAUGAAGGAAUGCAGACAGAAGAUGGAGGAGAUCAAGAAAAGAUAUAAAGAGAUUGAAGAUAUGUAUGCUGCAGAACAGAAGAAAAUGAAACAAAGACAUGCAGACAAUAUUGCAGAGUAUGAGAGAAAACAUGGAAAAUGUGUUCUUCAGUAACCCUUACAUCUCUACACAUCUACAUUCAUCUCUUGCUUGUUCCUAGCUCUCUGACUUACUUUCUCCUUAUAUUCCCCCUCGAACCCUCCAAUCUUCUGACUGUGAACUCCUCUGUGAGUCGAGGUUUCGCCUUUCAUCUAUGUGUGUUAGGUCUUUCUCGGUUAUAGCCCCUAAGCUAUGGAACUCUCUUCCCCUGUCUCUGAGGACAACAACAACACUGCAUGAAUUUAAGUCUAAACUCAAAACCCAUUUGUUUAAUAAAUACUAUCUGUCAUGAAAUGUUUUUCUUAAUCAGUUUCCUUACACUCCAUUAGU